AUGACGUGGUAUAUGGGAUUAACUCCAAAGCCCACUCCCUGGGGAUGGACAUGCUUCAAGGAACAAGAGGUGGAUGAUGACACAAUGGGUGUCUUACUCGUUGGACAUGACUUGCUCGCGGAUUUACGGCAUAUAUGGAAGUGUAGGCCACCACUCUCAAAAGUGUUGGAUGUGGAUACUAAAUGA